CAAACCACUUCCCCCCCCCUCCCUUAAUUACAUUUUUAUUUUCCGAUCAUCUCUACAUUCCUCCUUCUCUCCAUCUCAAUCCCACCUAGCACUGCCAACACAUUGCACCUGCGAAACUCUUUCGACGCGUCUUCUUCUUCUGGCGCUCUUUGAGCUGCCAAUCUUUGAAGAAGGCGUAAGUCCAUCUCUUGGCCGCAUACCUGACGCUCUUCUCCUUUUCUUGGACCUACUAAACUACUAUACUACGCCUCUUUCCUACUACUACACCAUGUGUUCUAUAUCAUGACAAUCAUCGUCCUACUAAGGACACCCUUCAUUUCCGCCCUCUGGGUCGAUCAGUGCUACUAUUGAUCGAUAACGAGAGUGCAUCUUCUAUUUUACUCUUUGAUUGAUGCAAUUAUUCUUCAUUCUUCUCUUCCCUAACAAUCAACCCAUCUUGAAUACCCUCAUAAUACUACUUACCGCCACCAUUUCAUCGAGUCACACUAUACUACCACCGCCAACCCUCCACCUAACCUUUUGACACCGCACCUCAACACCUUCCACCUACUUGUUCCUGUCUUCCCUCUCACUAUUAAUAUACCUAAUCUUCGAAGGGAUGGCGCACUUGCGUGGUGGUGAAAGAACAUUUGCCUCAAUACAUAACCUACUGAAGAUGCUACUCUCACCUCAUCAGUCCAGCAAGUCUGCCCCUCAGGAAGCUGACAUGGUCGAGGACAUUGAUGAGCCCCCUGAUCAUCGGUUUCUGAACACGUCGAUGAACAACAUGGACGACGGUGUCGUUUACGUCAAGUCCACCGCUGCCAUGACUGACCGGAAGGAGUCCCUCCUCACCCGCGCCCUCAAGAGCAGCCCCCCUCCAAGCCCAGCCGAUCGUCACUCACCAUCUCAGGAGCACUCCUUCUACCGCUCCUACACCUAUACCAACAUCAGCGGCAUCUCUACAGCCGAGUUGACCAGCGAUGGUGGCCUCACAAGCCCCUCUCUAUCCAAUACACCCAGCCCGCCUCUGCCCUCUCACUUGUCCAACAACACGUCUUCGAUGGGUGAUAAGAGAAAGGCGGAGGCGGUGGAAGUGGGCGAGUCGGCUGUCGAGGCGAACCUGGGACGCAAGCGGUGUAUCAGCUUCGCCUGCGGACGCAAAGCCGAGGAGCAGAAGCCACAGAACCCUUCACCACAGCGUCCAGUCACGAAGAUCCAUGACGCCAGCGUUACACCAACUGAGCCUAAGCGGAGGACCGUUCUCACCUUUGUUUGCCCGGCACGGGAUCCCGAAACUCGCCGGGAGAGGUCGCCACUUCGCGGUGGCUGCAGGCCGCGUCCCCGCGGGUCGCCUGCUCCCAUGGCGCGCAAGGCUUCCCCGGAGAAGGCUGCUCCCUCACCGGUGAGAAAGGCUUCCCAGGAGCAGAAGAUUGAUCGCCGGGGUGUCCCGACCAAGGGGUUGGGUAAGUUCGAAGAGUCCGAGGCUACUCGCUUUCACGAAUUUGCCAGCUCCGUCGAGGAAGAUGACGAGUGGGUAACGAAGUCCGGAGAGUAUUCGGAGAAGAUUACGCUUAAUGACUGUAUGAAGAAAGAGAAUGCUAUUAGGAAGCUGGGAGAGGAAGCGGAGGAAGAGGCGCUCGAAGAAGAUGACGAAGAUGAUGUUGAGGACUCCGAUGACGACUCGACCGUUCACGAUUUCUCUUCUGAUGACGGAAAUGAAUCGGAUAAUGAAGCUGGUUUUGCAGAGUCAGACGAGAGUGAUGAUGGUUCGGAAUACGAUUUUUGGGCUCCGACCAGCACUACUGCUGCCACCAGCCCUCAAAAUGCCGACAUCGCUCGCCACCCUUUCAGUCGCCGCGACUCGAACACGUCUUUCGAUUCUGCCAACGAUGUGCAGCAGCAGCAAAGAUGGUCGCCUGUCUUAUCUGCCAAGACAACUAGCCGAUCGCCCAUGAAGAUCCCAAAGUUGCGUCCUGGCACACCUAACCUUCCCGACAGUACGGACUUCGUCUGCGGAACUUUCGACGAAGACCGGCCUCUGGAGGCUGCCUACAAGUCUUGCAUCGAGCAGCGCCGUCUUUCCAAGCAAAUUGUCAUCCCUCAAGAUAUCGAUCCCAGCUUUCCCACUUCGGAUCCUGAAGAUGAGGAGGAUGAGGAGGAUGAUAUUGAGGAAUCUGUGAUGGAUGAAGGACCUCGGGGACGGACUGGUAGAGACUCUGCGCAGAAGCCUUCUCCUCGUACGUCUCCCAGACGUAUGGUCUCACCUCCGCCUCGCCGUCAGGGUCGUUCCUCGCCAAAGCGUCUUCGCUCUCCGCCGCCGCCGAUGAAGCUGCGGUCUUCCAAGGAUGACCUGGCAUCUGCGGAUGAGGCCCCUGCUGUGCCGUCGCGGGGACUGAACAUCAGUGAACUGGUGCAACGUCCCGCGAUGUCUCGUACCAAGUCCCUGCCUCGGACGCCCAACCCUUUCUUCACUAGUUUGGACAAGUCUCACCGCUGGUCUGGCAUUGUCCCUGUUUACGAAUCGCCGGAGCGCGAGUCGUCACGCACCCGUGAGGUGCACACCAGAGGUCCCAUCGAUAUUGUUGAGGGUCUCGAGAAGAAACGCCAGAAACGAAAGGAGAAGUUCUGGCGUCAGCAUUGCCGCAAAGCUGCCAAGGAGCAGAUGGUACGGCGACCGAUCCCCGGAAAAGGUGCUGAACGGAUGAAGGAGCUUGGCCUCGAAGUUGCUGAGAGGUGCAGAGCUUACGGCGUUGGAGAGAACGCCCAGCUCGUCCUAUCUGUUUAGACCUCAAAUUCCGCGUGGGAUUCGAUAAAUUCUUGUACAUAGUUCGAAUUUUUCUUAUCACCCUUUCAGUCGUCCACUUUCAUGACCAGCGGACCGACGUGGUGUACAAAUUCCAAUUGAGCGUUGUUCGCUACACCCCUUGUCUUCGAUGUUGCUAUUCUUGUCCUCACAACGUGUCCAUCGGAUUUCUAUUCGCACGGAGGGCCCCGUCUGCAUUUACAGGGGUGGCUACCUUUGAUUCUUUCUUUUUCGCCCGUCCCCCUUUCUUUUCGCUCUUCUUCUCACUAUACAUAGCUUGUUUAUUCCUUCUUUUCUUCAUUGUUCACGUCCGCGCUGCUGAGCGGCGGAUUUGACGUUUCGGUCGGCAUCAUUGCUCGGUUAGCCUGGGUUGCAUGGAGGCGGUUUGCUGCGCGUAUACCCCCGUUUGCUUUCGUUAUCGAAUUUGUAGAUACAGAGCGAAUGACAUGUGUCAUUGAAUAUGCCAACGUAUGAUGAAC